GCAAUAUUUCGGGAAAUAUGAAUUGAUAAUUUUGAUUUGAAAAUGAUAAAUCUCAAGUAUACUUCAGAUAUAACUUUUCUUGAAAGUUUUGUUUAAUUAAAUCAUAUUUAAACUGGUCAAUUUAAUGGUCUCUAUAUUUCAAUACCUAAAUUAUUUCACAUGGCUCUUGAAAACAGCUGAUUCGACUCGAGUUGAUUUCAUCAUUUGUUAAACUGUAAACAGUUUUUGUAUACUUUUCAGUGCUUCCAUAUUUUAAUAAAUUACCAUGGGGUUAAAAGUAAGUCAACAUCAGAUUCCAAUUGUAAGUGACGAGGAAAAUAAACAGUUUGUUGAUUCGACAAUUAAUUCAGCCAAAGUUGUAAUUUUUUCUAAAACUUAUUGCCCUUCAAGUGAAUCUGCAAAGAAAGUGUUGUCUAAUUACCCGAUUAAAUCAGAUCAAUACCAAGUUAUUGAACUCGAUAAUAACCCAAACAGCAAUAUUAUACAAAAUUACUUGAAAUUAAUCACUGGAGCAAAGACGGUUCCAAGAGUUUUCAUUUGUGGACGUUGUAUUGGCGGUGGAGAUGAAACGAUAGCAUUGGAUAAAUGCGGUGACUUAGUUAAACUGCUUGCUGAAUGUGAAGCUUUACAGUAAAAUGAAGUCGCAAAUCUUUUCACCUAUCCAACCUGCAAUCAUCAAUCAAUAGAAAAAAAACAAUAAUAAUUUAACACGGCUGUGUUAAUUUAUUUAUAACUAUAGUUUUGAAUAUUAUAAAUCACAAAAAAUGUUUUGUUGAAAAGUAGCUAAUAAAAAUAUGAAAAUGCAGAAAUUGUUGGGCCCAAUCAGAUUCUUGUUCAAACAUUUUAAUUUCUGGUCAACAGGAGUUGGCUUAAACUUUCGGUGUUGACGUGCUGACCACUUUGUCACCAUCGAAAUGACUGCUUUUACGUUUCCCAGAAUUGGGUACGAGUGAACGCGAUUUUCCACCAAUAAAUGCUCUAAAAGUUAAGUAAGUUAGUUUUAA